AUUACGGUAAUCAUUCCAGUGUUGUGGUGAACUUCCUUGGUGGUCAGCUGAUUCGUCCUGUUGAGUAGAGAAGGCAAAGAGGCAAUAGGGGCAUAAGAAAAACAACUAUGGCGGCCGAGAUUCAUUCCAGGCCUCAGAGUUCGAGACCUGUACUACUGAACAAGAUUGAAGGCCAUCAGGAUGCCGUGAACGCUGCGGUGUUAAUCCCCAAAGAGGACGGAGUCAUCACAGUUAGCGAGGACAGGACGAUUCGAGUUUGGCUGAAGAGAGACAGCGGACAAUAUUGGCCCAGCAUAUUCCACACCGUCUCCUCUCCCUGCUCCUGCAUGUCGUACCACCAUGACAGCAGACGUAUCUUUAUUGGUCAGGACAACGGCGCCAUUGUGGAGUUCCUCAUCUCUGAAGACUUCAACAAGAUGAACCACGUCAAGACCUACCCAGCGCACCAGGGCCGUGUGUCAGCCCUGUUGUUCUCCCUGGUGAAUGAGUGGGUGGUGAGCUGCAGCCACGACAAGAGCGUCAGCUGGAUGUGCACUCAGACUGGAGCCAUGCUGGGACGCCACGCCUUCAGUGCCUGGGCCUCCUGCCUACAGUUUGACCACGACACACAGCACGCGUUCGUGGGAGAUUACUCCGGACAGAUCACACUGCUCAAGCUGGAGACGCAAACAUACUCCACCGUCACCAUCCUCAAAGGACACGAAGGUAGCGUGGCCUCUCUGUGGUGGGACCCUGUGCAGAGGCUGCUGUUCUCUGGGGCGUCGGAUCACAGCAUCAUCAUGUGGGACAUCGGAGGCAGGAAGGGACGCACACUACUGCUGCAGGGCCACCAUGAAAAGGUUCAGGCUGUGCGUUAUCUGCAGCUAACUCGCCAACUCAUCUCCUGCUCAGCGGAUGGAGCGAUCACUGUGUGGAAUAUGGACACGCGCAGAGAAGAGGCUCCCCAGUGGCUGGACAGUGACUCGUGUCAGCGAUGUGAGCAGCCCUUCUUCUGGAACCUCAAGCAGAUGUGGGACACUAAGACCAUGGGGCUCCGGCAGCACCACUGCAGGAAGUGUGGCCAGGCGGUGUGUGGGAAGUGCAGCUGUAAGCGCUCCAGCCUCCCCAUCAUGGGCUUCGAGUUCCAGGUGCGCAUGUGUGACUCCUGCCACAGCUCCAUCAAGGACGAGGAUCGGACUGCCUUGGCCACAUUCCAUGAGGGGAAGCACAACAUCGCUUUCAUGGACAUGGACCCGAGCCGAGGGCUGAUGACCACCUGUGGCAGUGACCGCGUCGUCAAGAUCUGGGACAUGACGCAGGUGAUUGGCUGUAGCAUAGCAACGGGGUUCUCCCCCCGCUGAACGACCGCGUCCCGUCGACACACUAAGCUCCGCCCCUUCGCUCUGCAGACGGACGUCCGUCAUUGGCCUGCCGUCGUCUUGGAAACGCCUCAAGCCCCCUUUCCAGUCUCCCUCCGAAUCUCCAUAGAGACACAGGGCUGUGUGACAAAGAUGCAGGCUCUGCUUGUGUGUGUGUGUGUGUGUGUGUGUGUGUGUGUGUGUGUGUGUGUGUGUGUGUGUGUGUGUGUGUGUGUGUGUGUGUGUGAGAGAGACACGUGAGUGCUAUUUGUGGCCUGUAUUUUCUGAAGUUAACUCUGAAGCACAAUAUUAUGUGCGCAUGUACGUGUGUGUGUGUGUGUGUGUGUGUGUGUGUGUGUGUGUGUGUGUGUGUUGUGGUGUCUCCCUGCUUUCCUAUCCCAGUUUAAUUCCAGCCAGUUGUUUCAUGACAACAAUCAUUAAUCUUUGGAAAUCUUCCCCUUCUCCUGUUCGCCUUCUCCCCUCUCAAUAUCCUCCCCUCCCUGCUUCUCCCUCUCCCUCUCUCUCUCUCUCUCUCUCGCUAUCUA